CCUGACAGACUCGCGAUCGCCAGCUAUAUACGUAGUAGGCUACAGUAUUCCUGAGCAAGAAAGCCUUCCCCGAAUGAGAUGUCUCACAAGUGAUGGAUUUCUGGGCAUUGGACACAACCCCCGACUGAAACUCGGUGCCCAUUCACUGCUGAGUGGAGAGAGAGAGAGAGAGAGAGAGAGAGAGAGAGACUGUAGGGCUGCAGCACUUCCACAGCAGCUCGGCGCCUCACUCCUGUGGCACCUGCCAUCACAGCGGUAGCGCUUCCCCCGCUCUGCUCCGAGAGGCCGCGCGUCACACGUUGUACGGCUCGUGCCGGGAUUGAAGGAUUCCUCUUUAUAUUCUUAACACUACUGGAAACACCUCAAGUCUGCCAAUGGCUCCCAAAGGGCCUGAGGGCGAGCGGGCCGUGGACGAGGUGCUGGUGGCGGGGCUCGAGUCGGGCUCGCAACGUCGGCCUACCGACCCGCCCUCAGACCUGCUCUUUGGCCUGGAGGACGACCCGCCUUGGUACCUCUCCCUCCUCUAUGGCUUCCAGCAUUACCUGGCCAUGAUCGGCAGCACCAUCGCCAAGCCCAUCAUCCUCUCCUCUUUCCUCUGCAUCGGCGAGGAGGACCCGGCCCGCGGCGCCCUCGUCUCCUCCAUCAUCUUCGUGUCCGGCCUCGUCACCCUCCUGCAGUCCACCAUAGGCGUCAGGCUGCCAAUCAUCCAGGGCGGGAAUUUUGCCUACGUGGUGCCCAUCAUCGUCCUGAUAAACACGUCGUUUCGGCCCUGCGACAGCAUCUCCCUGGGCAACAUGACGGCCUACGAGCGGCAGGAGCUGUGGCAGGUCCGCAUGCGGGAGGUGCAGGGAGCCAUCACACUCUCCGCCAUCAUGCAGGUGGUGGUGGGCUUCACAGGCUUGAUCGGAGUGCUGCUACGCUGGAUCACGCCCUUGACUGUGGUGCCGACCGUGACGCUGGUGGGCCUCUCCCUCUUCGACGUGGCCUCCCUCAAGGGCUCCGAGCACUGGGGCAUCACCCUCAUGGUGAUCGUCCUUACCACGGUGUUCUCCCAGCACAUGUGUGAGAUCGUAAUACCCUUCCCGAUGUACAAGAGGGGCCAAGGCUUCUACUCCAUCCCGUGCCAGCCCUUCAAAACCCUUUCCCUCCUCCUCGCUAUCGUCAUCACGUGGGGUCUCUGCGGCAUCCUCACGCUGACGGACGCGUUGCCUGCGGACUCCGGCGCCAGAACAGACCUCGCCGGGCAGCUCAUCAGUUCCACACCUUGGGUUCGGUUCCCCUAUCCAGGUCAGUGGGGGCCUCCGUCUCCCAACAUCGCAGGCUCCAUAGGCAUGAUGGCGGCAGUCUUCGCCUCCAUCAUCGAAAGUGUCGGGGAUUACUACGCCUGCGCCAAGGUUGCCGGCGCCAAACAGCCUCCUCCCCACGCCAUCAACCGGGGCAUCGGCGUGGAGGGCAUCGGGUGUCUGUUGGCGGGGCUCUUCGGCACCGGGAGUGGCACCACCUCCUACUCGGGCAACAUCGGCAUCCUCUCAAUCACCAAGGUGGUGAGCCGUCGCGUGAUCCAGUACAGCGGCCUUAUCAUGGUGGUCUGCGGGGUGCUGGCCAAGGUGGGCGCCACGUUCGUCACUAUCCCCGGGCCGGUCAUAGCGGGCGUCUUCUUCGUCAAGUUCUCCAUGAUCACCGCCGUCGGCCUCUCCACGCUGCAGUACGUCGACCUGUCCUCCUCCAGAAACCUAUUCAUCCUCGGUUUCUCCAUCUUCUUCGGGAUCUCGUUUCCAAAGUGGCUGGAGGCUAACCCGACAGCCAUACAGACCGGCUUUGCGCUGCUGGACCAGACCAUCGUUGUGCUGCUUCAGACCUCCAUGUUCCUCGGCGGCAUGAUUGGUCUGCUUCUCGAUAACACGAUCCCAGGCACUGACGAGGAGCGUGGCAUUCUUAAGUGGAAAAGACUCAGCUCUGAUGUGGAUAAGAUACACACCGACUCCCCCAAAGCUGCACCAUCUCCGUCAGAAUCCGUUUCAUCUGUAUCGCCCUAUGACUUCCCCUUCGGAAUGAAACUAGUAAACAGAACGAAGUGGCUCCGUUACGUACCUUUCUGCCCCCCAUACGAAGGUUUCCUAAGGCGCAGGUCGUCCAGUAUAAGUGAAGAAAGGUCAUCCACGGAUCCCUGUUAGAGACACUGUGACGACCAUGCUUGCUGGAGACGUGGGUAGAGGCCAUGGCAAAACUUUACUAUGGACGUGACCACACCCACCUUCAGGACACUAUAAUUUUGUGAUAUAGAAAAGACCUGAUCAUACCCAAGGAUCAAGGAGGAGUACUAUUUCUGAAGGGCUUUAAUAAGGGAGACAUUCAUAAUUUUUUGGGGGGAAGAGAACCGGGUAGGACACGAAGUAAUGGGUUUAAACUGAAUAAAUUCAGAUUCAACAGGGACACAGGCAAAAAUUGGUUUACAAACAGGGUGGUGGACGAGUGGAAUAGGCUUAGCAGUCACGUGGUGAGUGCCAAUACAAUAGUCACAUUCAAAAAUAGAUUAGAUAAGUUCAUGGACAGCGAUAUUAGGUGGGGUUAGAUACACGGGAGCUUAUGAUCAAAGGAGCUGCCUCUACAGAAUGAACAUCAACUUGCUAGAAUCAGUUCAGAGGAGGAUGACCAAGAUGAUUCAGGGGCUGAGGAACCUCCCAUAUCAAAAUAGGCUGAAACAUCUAAACUUACAUUCACUAGAGAGACGAAGAGUGCGGGGAGAUCUGUUAGAAGUAUUCAAAUGGGUCAAGGGUUA